GGGCACAGGUGGGUGGCACUGGUGGGCACAGGUGGGUGGCACUGGUGGGCACAGGUAGGUGGCAUUGCAGAGUGGCACAGGUGGGUGCACUGCUGGGCACAGGUGGGGGCACUGCUGGGCACAGGUGGGGGCACUGCUGGGAACGGGUGGGCGGGGCUAGUGGGCGCACUGCUGGGCGGAACUUGCGGGUGUCACUGCUGGGCACCGAUCAUCAGGGCACUGAUCAUCAGUGCCCUGAUGAUCGGUGCCGAUCCCCGCUCUGACAACUGCCGGUUCUCGGCAUACUUUCCUCACGAUCUGACAGCGUGAGGAAAGUGCAGCCGAGAACCGGCACUUGCAU